AUGUUCACCAGCCACAGUGCCACAGUGACAGCGCAACCGGAAGUGAACCCCAUCGGAGCCGCGCUGCUGCUAGCUGCUGCUGGUCCAACCCAACCAAAGCUGAACGGAACGCUUGCGACGGUGGCAUCGGCGUUGUCGUCUGCCAGCUCGACGACGCUAGCCUCACUCACGAUGGCCCCCAGCUCGGGAGGAACCGGCGUUGAAAGUGUCGCCAUCUGGAACGGAACCAUCACCGAGCCGGACGGCACGGCCAUCGCGGUCAACGGAACCGAACCCACCGCGUCAACAAUCGUAGAACCAGCCGAUCGGCUUGUCGAGCUGACGGUGUUGUGCUUGAAGAGUCUCAUCUUCGGAUCGAUCAUCAUCGGGGCUGUGCUAGGCAAUGCACUCGUUAUUAUUUCGGUGCACAAAAAUAGAAAAUUAAGAGUAAUAACCAACUACUUUGUUGUAUCGUUAGCAAUGGCCGAUAUGCUGGUAGCACUCUGUGCGAUGACGUUCAACGCGUCGGUGGAGCUAUCAGGAAGGUGGCUCUUCGGCUCGUUCAUGUGCAACGUAUGGAACAGCCUGGAUGUCUACUUCUCGACAGCGAGCAUACUUCACCUUUGCUGCAUUUCGGUCGACCGUUAUUUUGCCAUCGUGCGCCCACUGGAAUAUCCACUGUACAUGACGCAACGGACAGUGUUCUUCAUGCUGGCCAACGUUUGGGUGCUGCCAGCGCUGAUAUCCUUCACGCCUAUCUUUCUUGGCUGGUACACGACCGACGAGCAUCUGAAGGAGCUGAAACAAAAGCCGGAUCUGUGUAUAUUCGUUGUAAAUAAAUUGUACGCAAUCAUUUCUAGCUCGAUCAGCUUCUGGAUACCAGGCAUCGUGAUGGUGACGAUGUACUACCGCAUCUACAAAGAAGCGGUUCGUCAACGGAAGGCAUUGAGCCGUACGAGUUCCAACAUUCUGCUGAACAGCGUGCAGAUCAACAACGCAUCCAAUACGCUGCACGCCAACCAUCAUCACAACCACCAUCAGCACCUGCAUCAUCGGCACCAUCAUCUACGGGCCAGCGACUGCGAUCUUGGCAUCGACAUCAAAGACAUCCAGCAUGACACACACAGCGAGCUGAGCGAUCUGGACUUACAGGUGCCAAUAGUGCCAACGGUCGUCACCAACACCGACGACGACUUUCUCGUUCCGUCCUCGCCACCGCGCCGUCUCAGCCGCAGCAGCAUCGACCUUCGUGAUUUGGAGUACAAAAACGAGGGCAAAAUCAAGGGCUCUGACAGUGUUUCGUCCAUCUUUCCACUGCACUACGACAACAACCUACGCUACUCGGGCUCGGAACCGAUCCACAUAAAGGAAGCCCAACAGCAACAACAGCAGCAGCAUCAGGGCGAUCACCAGCAGCAGCGUCGUGCAUCCCGCAAGGACAGCUUCCGGCAGAUCAACUUUUUCCAGCCGUUCUUCUCGCGCAAUAGCCUGCUAAAGACGUACAUCAAGGGCGCGGCAGCCGGAGCUGGUCCGACGAGUGCCUCCACGGGAACAGGCAGCAACCUGAACAACAGCAACCUGGUCCGAUCAACGGAGCGGAACAACAAGAACGAUGACAAUCGCUCGAACAACAACAUCCUCGAUCUGAUCAACGUGGCAUCGUCACUGAACAAAGACUCCGGAAAGGAGGUGAACACGCACAAACGCCAUCAAAUCGCAGCGAGCGAGUCCGACUUCCUCACCAUGAUCGAAAAGCAGCGGCAGAAGCUGGGCAAGAACACGAACAGCCUGAAGAACUGCAACAAGGACGAGAAGGAGUUGAUAUACGCGUUGAGUGACUCGGACUUUAGCUCUGCGUUUCCUAAGCAAGACGACGGUGUUGCUCGCCGGUGUUUCAAGAAUCUGGUUGUUGAGAGUGAGGUCAAUCGCGAAGGUAUCUUCAAGAUCAUGCUCAACAGUGAUGGAAGCGGUGCAGGAGAAGGAACCGUUCCUGGUGGUCAGACACCUGUGGUAGGUGGUAUCGCAACGGAUGCCGUAGAUGGUGCAGCUCCCAGCUCCGCCACCAUGGGUACUCCAGACAUCCUGAUCGGGUGUUUCGAUCAUGGCUUCAACGGAUCACGUCCUACACUCGAUAGUCCAACGGUGAAGGAUCUCGUUGCGGACGAUAGCGCCCCCAUCAAAACCGGAAGUCUAAAGGCGGUUGUUCCAGUGGCAGUUUGUUGCCCCGUAGAUCCAUCAGAAAGUACCAAAGUCAUCGAUCUGAUAUCAACGAUUAACGGCGCUGCGGGAAGUGAGCUGCAGUCACCCCAGGCGGCAAUGUCAAGCCACCAACUAACGACCGACAAUCAACUCUCGAAGGCACUGAACGUGUCAUUGAAUGCACGUUGCAGCCCUGUCAACAUCCAGCUAAGCGAGGCGUCCACCAUUUCGCUCGAUCUGGUCGCAACGAGCCCGAAAGAAAAGCUUCCGAAAGUACCAGCAUCAGCACCGGCCACCGUCACCACGAUCGACAUCGCAGCAGAGAUGAUGAUGCUAGCAACCGACAACCCGGACAUCGUCAUCGACAACAGCCACACCGGAGCGACGGUUUCACCAACUUCACGCACUGUUACGCCAUCGCGGGCUCCUUCGAUCAUGACGCCAUCGCCCCAACAUGCUCGCCUCGGUCGAAAACGGCAGUCUUCUACCGUGACGUACAACAUCAACGUGAUCAACUUCCAGGCGGGUGAAAAUCCUGAAGAUGACUCCAGCUUCCAGCUAAACAAUCGCAGCAAUGGAGGCGGCGCAUCAACCACGGCUGGAGGACGCUCGAACAGCUCCACGAACUCCAGCCAGAAGCACCAACGACGGGGCGCCAUCUGCAUUGUGAUCAACAACGACAAUGUAGUGCACGCCAACGACACCGACACGGACCAGGAAGAUGAGUGUGCCGGCGGUAUAUGCGGCCCCGGUUGCGAUGGCACCGGAAGUCGCCGGCAACAGCACCACCACCAGCAGCAGCAGCAGCAUCCCCAACAUCACCAUCAUCACCAGCAUCACCACCACAACCAGCAGCAGCGGUACGCCAACCAGCCCAACUGCUGCUACCCAGUUGGCCACUCGGACGACGGUUCCGGUGCGGCGUCCUGCCGGCACCACAAGUUCCGCAAGAUCAAAUGCCUCUGGAACCAUCUGAAGCGGUAUGGGUUGCGCCGUGCCACCCCCGCUCACGCAGGGUGCAGUGGAGGGUGCGAGUUUGGUCCACCCUCGCCAACCGUCUCGACGGGGGUUGGCAUGGGAAAUCGGCUGACAGUGCCCAGCCCGGUCCCGCCCGGUUGCCGGCAGUCGCGUUGCUCCAGCGUCGGAUGUGGAGAAGGCGGAACCUCGACGAGACCCGCGAAGGGCUGGAGAGCGGAACACAAGGCAGCUCGGACGCUUGGCAUCAUCAUGGGAGUGUUUCUGCUCUGCUGGCUUCCGUUCUUUCUGUGGUACGUCAUCACGUCACUAUGCGGAGACGAAGCGUGCCCAUGUCCGGACGUCGUCAUCACGGUGCUGUUCUGGAUCGGCUACUUCAACUCAACGCUCAACCCGCUCAUCUACGCCUACUUCAAUCGGGACUUCCGGGAAGCGUUCCGGAACACGCUUCAAUCGCUACUGCCCUGCUUCGUUCGACGCAGCCCGUACGGUCACAGCGUCUACUACGUGUAG